CGGGUGUUUGUGUCCCCUUGCAGUGCGCCGAACUUUACGCUGGACGGGAAUUGUAGGAUGGGAAUAACAUGGUUAUAAAUAAAUUGAUUUCAAUCAAGCGAUGAUUCCAGUAAUAAUAUUGAUGUGAUUAUUUUGUAAUGUGACGUGAUCGGAUUAAGCUAUCAAUGCCCGUAAUCAACACAAAAGCGAUGUGGUCGCGCAAGCAGUCCGUCUGCAGCGCCGUCAGCGGCGCGUCCAAGGGCGACGAGCAAGAUGCGCCGCUGCCGGCCGGACUACGCAUCUAUCCGUUCGCUACGGCUCUCCGGGUUAGAGUUCUACAAAUAGUCUGCGGUAUUGGAGGAUUGGUCGUCGGCGCUGUCGGGUGGCUGGAAGAGAAACAGAAGCCUGAACUUGGACUUGGUGUGCCAGCAGGAGCAGUCACUGUACUUGCAGCUGCUACAUCAGUCUACUACAGUCGAGGGUUCGGCGGUUGGGUAUCAGCUCGUUCAAGAGCCCUGAGGAGUUGGGGAGCGCCGUGGAGAGUCCUGGGGCCUUCGCCCUGCGCAGCCAUACCUCUGACACUGCUGUGGACGCUCGCGAUAGCAUCACAUAUAGCUAUGCUUGCGUUCUGCAUCAGAUCGUUAUUGAAUCUUGGUUGCAGCAGUAAAACUUGUAUAGGAGUAGCAGUGGCGCAGCUGUCAGUGUCAAUAACAACGUUAGCCGCGGCUUUCUUCAUGGUACAGCUGGACAUCCGGUUUGACGCCGCGUUCUCGCCGCCGCGGCAUUCCGACGCCAAUAUCUGUACUGCUGUAUCUAUGGUGCCUCUAACAUCAGUGGCGAUCAACAGCGGCAACAGCGGCGACGGCUGUCCUGAAGGCAGCCCUCUCAGCAGGGAGAAGAACCAACCGCCCGACCCGCCCACUUGAUGUGCAAUUUACAAAUAUGGACUGUAAAUAUUGGGUGUUUGAUGAAAUGUGAACCGAUGAUCCUUUGGCGAGAAAGCUCAUACAGCGUAAAUACGCACAGAGAGAUGACGCCCGCCCUUGAGGUUCGUGGACGAACCAACUUUACGAUCUUAGCACCAACAUAUCCGAACGAAUGAUCGAGAAAUAAUUAAGUGCUGUUAAGACACUCCUGAUGGGGGUUCCUUUGGGUUGUGAAAUUUUUCAUCCAUACUUCCACAUCCAUACUAAUUUAUAAAUGCGAAAGUGUGUCUCUCUGUCUGACUGUAUGUCUGUUUGUCUACUAGCUUUUCAUGGCCCAAUAGUUUAACUGAUUCAGAUGUUUGGUGCAGAAUUAGCCGGGGACGGAUAUAGGCUACGUUUUAUCCCGGAAAAUCAAAGAGUACCCACGGAAUUCUUAACGGUCCAUCCAUUUAACCGAUUAGUACAGAGGUAAGUACCUACUUAAUUCGCGUCCCUGAAAUUGACAUAGGCAACUUUUUAUCCCGGAAAAGCAAAGACUUCCAAAUUUCAAAGAAAGCCCACGGGAUUUUUAUGAAAACUUAAAUCCACGUGGACGAAGUCGCAGGCACCAUCUAGUUUUGUAUAAACUUGUUCAAAUAAUAAUUCCGUGCUAUUGGGAUGUCAUUGUCCCGUCCGAGCGUACCUUGACGUACCUACAUACGCACUGUUGGUGCUAUGGGUUCUGCAGGCAUCACUGUGAGCGCCACCACCCGCUUUUCCAUAAACGAAAGAACUACAAGACAGGCCACGCCACCGAACCAUAACUGUGGCAAAAUUACCCUCGUCUCCCUGAAUGAGGCCUUAAAAAUCACACAGGCAAUAGGUACCUACGUCACACUGAAUACAUUUUGUUUACAAUAUUUGGGCUAUUGACAAUCGAAUUUAACCACAUACAUACAGUGGUGUGGUGGUAUUGAAGACUCGUCAUUGGAUCAUGACCUGUAAAAGAUAAUGUGAUAAAUAUUUAAUUGUAUAUUAAAGCUAAAUACGUAUAUUUGUCUGUAAAAUAAUAUAUUGUGUAAAUGUAUAGAGCUGAAAAAUUUAUUUUUAUGUUAUACUU